UUGGUGACGUUAAAGUUUGUGCUAAGAUACAGUCAGCGUCUGGCAGUCUCGGGAUCCGCUUAACCAUGGCCGGAGAGAUGACAAUUCUGGGUUCAGCUGUCCUAGCUCUUCUUUUGGCCGGCUAUUGGGCACAGCGGUAUUUGCCUCUGCCUACUCCUAAAGUGAUAGGCAUUGACCUUGGUACCACCUACUGUUCAGUUGGGGCAUUUCUUCCUGGCACAGGAAAGGUGAAGGUCAUUCCAGAUGAAAGUGGUCACAAUAGCAUACCUAGCAUGGUAUCUUUUACUGAAACUGACAUUCAUGUAGGAUAUGAUGGAUUGGAGCUGGCAGAUUCAAAUCCACAGAACACAAUAUAUGAUGCCAAACGAUUCAUAGGAAAGAUUUUCACCCAGGAAGAGCUGGAGACAGAAAGUAGUAGAUAUCCAUUUAAGGUCUUAAACAACAAUGGAACAGCUGAAUUUUCUGUGACAAGCAAUGGGACUAUCACUGUUUCUCCAGAAUAUAUCGGCUCCCAACUUCUCUUGAAGCUGAAGAAAAUGGCAGAGGACUACUUUGGGAUGUCAGUGUCCAAUGCGGUUAUUUCUGUGCCAGCAGAAUUUGAUCUAAGGCAGAGAAAUUGUACUAUUCAGGCUGCUAAUCUCGCAGGACUAAAAAUCUUAAGAGUAAUUAAUGAACCCACAGCUGCAGCUAUGGCUUAUGGACUUCACAAAGCAGAUGUUUUUAAUGUCUUGGUGGUAGAUUUGGGUGGAGGAACACUAGAUGUUUCCUUACUUAACAAACAAGGAGGGAUGUUUUUAACCCGAGCCAUGGCAGGAAACAAUAAACUUGGAGGUCAGGACUUCAAUCAGAGAUUGCUUCAGUACUUAUACAAGCAGAUCUAUCAAACUUACGGGUCCUUGCCUUCCAGAAAAGAGGAAAUUCAUCGGUUAAGACAGGCUGUGGAAAUGGUCAAAUUAAAUCUGACUCUUCAUCAUUCUGCCCGGGUUUCAGUGUCACUUACUAUAGGGGAAGCAAAGGACUUAAAGGACACUGCACAAAGUGAGGAACUUGAGAGUAAGCCUUCAGAGGACAGACUGUUCCCAGAAAAUGCCGAUCCUAAGGAUAUCAUAUUCAAAGUUGACUCUUCUGAAAGAGAUGGAAAACUAAGUCCGGUUCUCUUUGAAACUGAAAUCUCAAGGAAGCUAUUUGAUACACUGAAUGAGGAUCUCUUUCAGAAAAUUCUUGUGCCGAUUCAGCAGGUACUGAAAGAAGGGAAUCUGCAGAAGACUGAGAUCGAUGAGGUAGUUUUGGUAGGGGGUUCCACUCGCAUUCCCCGAAUACGACAACUAAUUCACGAGUUCUUUGGAAAGAAUCCCAACACAUCUGUGGACCCAGACCUAGCUGUUGUGAUGGGAGUGGCUAUUCAAGCGGGUAUUGAUGGUGGAUCUUGGCCUCUUCAAGUCAGUGCUAUAGAAAUUCCCAAUAGGCAUUUAAGAAAGACCAACUUCAAUUGAAUUGAUCCUUCUCACUUGGUGACCAUUUUCUCUUUAUUAUACCUCUUUAACUCCACAAAGAUAAUGAAGACAAUUCUUAAUGAAGAUAACUGUCAAAUUUUACUGGAAACAGCUACAUCUAGAUGUUGGCAAAUUUUGCAUAGCACUUAAUUUAUUAAGAUUAGCUGUGUCCCCAGGCUCCUUCCUCCUCUCUUCUCAUUCUUUCUUGCUUUUGAAUGGAUCCUUUUCCAGAGGAAAGAACUGCUCAAAAAAAGUUAUAUAAUUUAAAUGUAUUCUCAUAUGGGGAUCAUCUAGAAUAUAGGAUAUAUAGGACAGAAAAGAUAGUAUGCAUUAUUUAUAAUUGUGUCUUGUAAAAAUAGAAUCGUGCCAUUUGUAAGAUGUUCAGUUUCCUACUAAAUUUUAUUAGUGGAAGUUGUCAGAUUGUUUACUUGAUAAAAGACUGUUAUUAGUACUUUGAAAUACCUGUCCUGGAAGUGUUGCUACCACACCUGGCCCCAGGCCCAGGUAUUUACUGUGAAUAGAAGAGAAAAUAAAGCAUCGCAGUAUUAAUGCAGACAGCAUAUAAUCCUCACCAUUACCUUACCCAUUCUUGUUAAAUUGAUGAAAAAUUGACCUUCAAAAAUCAGAGUGUCUUAUAAAUUCUUGUUGAUGUGUUUCACUUUUUAAAAAUUAUGAGAAAAAUGCCAAAGAUGAAUUAAAUUAUGGGAGAAAUUGUGCUUUCUUAUACUUAUGAAACUGUAAACUUUUAGUUUUUGAAACUUCAAAAACUUGUACUUUUGAAACUAUGAACUUUUAGGUUUUGGAACUUCAAAAAAAACUUCAAAAACUUGUACUUUUGAAAUUGUAAACUUUUUGGUUUUGGAACUUCAAAAACUCUUUUUCAAGGUGCUUAAAAAGUUUCCUAAUGCUCAAAUCUCCAUACUAUUUAGAUUUUUAACCUAAAAGUAAAUAAGUCAAAUUUACCUAAAAUAUUUGGAUUCGUUUUAAUAAAACACUUUAAAAUUUUGAACAUAUAAAAAUUAAUUUUCCCCAUAAUUUGAAAAUGUCUUAGAAAAAGAACAUAACAGUAUGGAUCCUUUAGGCAAUGACUGCAUCCUUCAUUAUAUUUGAAUUUUUAAGAAAAUGAAGCGAAGUCUAAACACACAUACAGAGUCUUGUUAAUGAGGAAGAAAUAUAAUUUUUAAUUUUUUAAACUCUCUAAAAGUGUUUGUUUAGAUCUACAAUGGAAGCAUGAACAUGAAUAUGAUGAACUUUAAAUGAUAUUCUUCACAUUCCUCAAAUUCAUAUCCAUCCUCCCAUUUUCUACCUCUCAAUCUAGUGUAGACCAGGAAGGGAACUUGUGCCCUCCAGGUUCCUCCAUACAAACUGGGGAAAUAGGACAAAGUUUUGGAGGCACUGAGCACAGGCUAUUAAUAGCCAUGUCAGUAGUUGAAUGUGGUUUAUAUGAAAAAAAAAAAAAGACACACAUCUUGUAUGGGAUAAUCUAUAUGUAAAUGUUUUUCCCCUUUUAAGAACGUAAUACAUUUUGGAUGUAUAUAUAGAUAAUGGUUUCUGGUAUACAAUAUUUUUUUAGCAAGGUCCUUACAUACUUACAGAAAGGGAAUGAAUUAUUUAUUUUUUAUCAGAGGGAAGUGUUGGUACUGUAUUUUGGCUCAGACCACUGAAUUAGCAACAGAUUUUGAGUUUAACAAAUUGUAUAUAACAGAUACGCAGAGUUUUGGGUUUUUUUUUUUUAAUGUGUACAAAUGAUUGAUAUAUCUCAGUGAAGUAGAUAUUUCAGUUUUUUUUUUAAAUUGUGCACUUUAUUCUCCAUUUUGUACCAUUUCUCUCUAUGCCAUUGUUUGGCAGCCUGGUACAGAUUUUGUGGAAUAUAUAGAAGAUGGGAAUAGUAACUUUUGGGAAUGAAGUUGAAGCAACACAUAUAGCCAUUGAUAAAGCCAGGAAAUGUCAUUUCCCAUUAUGUAGAAUUCUAAUAAGCCUGAGUACUUAUCCCCAAGCCUUUCUAACUAAUCCCCAAAUUACAGGUUGAGAUGAUCACAGUCUGGAUAAAAGAGCAAAUGACCUUAAAAUAUUAAAAUGUUGCCAAUAACCAAACUAGACAAUUCCUAUGUAUAUAUUAUAAUUCAAAAUAAUAUACUACCAACAAGUGGAGCAAGAGAGUGAAAACUUUAAUUUCUCAAUAAAGUACUGUAUUAAUAUUUAGAACAACACAGUUAAAUUGCAACUAUUAAUAAAUUUUAUUAAUGUACCCUUUUAAAAACGAGCACUUUUCAAUAAAAAUUACAAAUUAUUUUCUAUCAUACAAUUUGUUUCUGAAUGACUGUUUUCUUCUUAGCUGAUUUACUAACCUUGAAAAUUAGAAAUACUUAUCACUUUAAGGAUACUGCAAUCUAAGUAAGCAUUUGUAACUUUGAGUUUCCUAUCAUGUUUUUGUUUUUGUUGUUGUUGUUGUUUGUUUUUGUUUUUUGCUGGGCAAUGAGGGUUAAGUGACUUCUCCAGGGUCACACAGCUAGUAAGUGUCAAGUGUCUGAGGCCAGAUUUGAACUCAGGUCUUACUGACUCCAGGGCCGGUGCUCUAUCCACUGUGCCACCUAGCUUUCCCCCUAUCAUGUUUUAACCUUACUUUGUAUAACAAUGCCUUUGUGUUCUCUGUUAUGAUAUCUAUAUUUAUGAUGAGGUCCUUUUGGUACUUCACUUUCUAAACCACCUUGGGAAGGAGUCAUCUAGCAAUUAUUAACUUUUAAACAAAAUUUCUAUUUAUAUCUUUUGUUUUUAACCUUUGGGGUUUUAAAAAAAUAUAGUUGGAAUCUCUGCCAAUAUCUCUCUGCCUGCCACCUGUCAGAGAACCAUCCUAUAUAACAAGUCUUUAAAAAGUAAAUAAAAAUAGAAAGAAGAGAGGUUAGCAAAACAUCAAUAUUUUUGAAAAAGUGAAAAUAUAUUGUGUAUCAUACCCACGGACCUCCCACCUCUAUAGAGGAAUCAGGUGGAGAUUUCUUCUCAUACCUCCUCCUUCUUUGAAGCCAUGUUUGUUCUUUGUAGUUUUGCAGAUUUCACUUUUGAUUGUUUCCUGAUUGUCCCAUCCAUUCACAUUGUUAUAACCAUUUUCUUUGUUGUUUCCUUGGUUCUACUUUCUUUACUUUGCUUCAGAUCAUGUAAAUCUUCCCAUGCUUCUCUGUAUUCAUAUUUAUCUUUUGUUUUAGCAUAUUGAUAUUCCUUGAUAGUCAUGUACCACAGUUUGUUUAGACAUUCCCCAAUCAAUGUGUAUCUACUUUGCUUCCAAUUCUUUGCUACCACAAAAAGUUCUGCUAUAAAUAUUUUGGUGUAUAAAGAGACUUUUUAUCUUUGAUCUCUUUGGGUUAUAAGUAUAAGUUUAAUCACUAAUUUUCUGGGGAAAAAAUGUACACUAUACUUUUAAGGUUAAUCUUCAUUAUUAAAAUCUCCAUUGUUUUCUUAAUUCCUGACAAUCAACAAAACAAUAAAUCAGGCCCUGAUUUAUAGUGUUUGUUCAUUUCUGAGGUGUAAACACUCACUUUGGAAAUUUAAUAAUCAAUUCUCGUGAGCCAGUUCAAGUUGGCUUCAGCACAUCCCUAGUUAUAUAACCCUUGUGAAUCUGAGUCAAAUGGAUGUAUUGGGUACAUUUUAGUUGCUUUAGAAAUGGUUGUUAUGAUUCAUAGCUCAACCAACAAUGUGCUAAUGUGGCUAUUGUAUCUCAACCUCUCCAAAAAUGACUAUUCCCAUCUUUGGUCAUCUUUGCUAAUUUGCUGUAUUUUAAGUGAAAUUUCUGGGUUGUUUUGAUUUCAAUUUUUCUUAUCACUAUUGAUUUGAAUCAUUUUUUUCAAAUGGUUGUUAUGAGUUUGCAAUUCUUUUGAGAACUGUUGGUUAAUAUUCUUUAUCUAUUACAUAAUAACUUUUGAAUAUGUAUGUUUAUGUUUUAUCUUGAAUAACAGGUUCUUACCUGAGAAAUGUGAAACAAGGAUUUUUAUUUCCCAUUUGUCCUACUUCCUUUUUUAUCCUGAGAAAUUAAAUUUCUUCAAAAGCUUUUCAGGUUCAUAUAAUCAAAGAUACCUAUUUUGUCUUUUGUAAUUGUCUCUAUCACUUGUUUGGUUAAGAUAAUCUUUCCUAUCCAUACUUUCUAAAAUUAUAUUAUCUCCUAAUUGUUUUAUGGCCUGUUUUUUUAUUAAGGUCAUCCAUUUUAAGAUCACAUCCAUUUAUAAUUUAUUAUAGAAUAUGGUAUAAGGUAUUCAUCUGAGUUUAAUUUCUGUCAGACUUCUCCAGUUUUCUCUGCAAUUUUUAUCAAAGAGGAAAUUCCUAGGCAAUUUCUGUCUUUGGGUUUAUUAAACACUGGGUUGUUGAUUGCUAUUGUUUCUGAUUCUCCCUUUUCUGUCCCUUCUGUUGAAAAUAUGGUUUUGAUGACUGCUGCUUUAUGAUAAAUUUUGAGAUCUGGAAGUGCUAUUCCCCCUUUUCUCCUACCUUCUUUCAUAAUAUCCCUUGGUAUAUUUAGUAUCUUUUAUCUUUCCAGGUGAAUUUUGUCAUUAUUUUAUGGAGUUCUACAAAGUAUUUCCUUGAUUUUGAUUGUUAGAUCAUUAAAAUUGUAAAUUAACUUUGGUAUUAUUGUCUUUUUUUAAAUAUUGGCAUGGCCCAGCUAUGAGCACUGACUACUCCUUCAGCUAUUUAGAGUUGUGUUUUUGUUUUUUUUAAUCUCUUUAAGGACCAUGCUGUAAUUGAAUAUAAGUAUUUUUAUGAACCUUCGUAGAUUAAUCCCCAAGUAUCAUAUGCAUUUAGUAAUUAUUUAGAAUGUUAUUUACAUUUUGAAUUUUAUUCCUUUUGAAUUUUAUUAUUAUAGAAUUUAUGCAGAAAUGCCUUUGUUUUUUGUGGUCUUGUCACCUACAGUUUUGCUGAAGUUGUUGUCUCAAUACAUUUACUGAUUCUCCAGGAUUUUCUAAAUGAACCCUCAUGCUAUCAGUCAAUCAGUCAGUCAAUAAACAUUUAUUAAGUACUAAAUAUACAAAGACAAGCAGAAAGACAGUCCCUACCUUCAAGGAGCUUAAGUUCUGAAGAGAGAAGACAGUACAUAAAAGGUGAAAAGGA